CGCGACUGAAAGAAACUUCAACAUGUUUGCUCGUCAAAUAUAAAUAUAUUGAAGAAGCCACUCUCCUGCCAUGUCGAGCGGUUAUAAACCAGAUAUCCUGUGGUCUCCUCAUCACGCAGACCGUUAUGUGAUCUGUGACACUGAACUCAGCCUGUUUCGGAUCGGACCAGCAGGAACCUCGGAAACCAAAGCUGGCUCUCUUCCCUUAUCCGAGGAGACAGCUGCCACACUGCUGGCCAUCAACUCAGACACCCCGUAUAUGAAAUGUGUGGCCUGGUAUCCAAAGUUUGAAACAUCUGAAUGUUUGCUGGCGGUGGGACAGGCCAAUGGCCGAGUUGUCCUGACCAGUCUGGGACAGAGUCACAACUCCAAAUGCAAAGAGCUGGUAGGUAAAGAGUUUGUGCCCAAGCACGCCCGACAGUGCAACACCCUUGCAUGGAACCCGGUGGACAGUAACUGGCUUGCUGCUGGUUUGGAUAAACAUCGGGCAGAUUUCUCGGUUCUGAUAUGGGACAUCAGUAGUAAGUUUUCUCCCGAGGCGGUACCUGUGGAGAAAGUUCGUCUGUCUGGAGAUGCAGACUCUGGGCUUGUAGUGACCAAGCCGCUGUACGAGUUGGGUCAGAAUGAUGCCUGUCUUUCUCUUUGUUGGCUCCCUCGUGAUCAUCAAAAGUUACUCUUGGCUGGGAUGCACAGAAAUCUGGCAAUCUUUGACCUGCGCAACACCAGCCAGAAGACUUUCGUGAACACCAAAGCCAUUCAGGGAGUAACGGUGGACCCUCACUUUCAAGAUCGCGUAGCGUCUUUCUUUGAAGGCCAAGUAGCCAUCUGGGACUUGCGCAAAUUUGAGAAACCAGUCUUCACUUUAACUGAGCAGCCCAAACCUUUGACUAAAGUGGCAUGGUGCCCGACUCGCAUGGGCCUGCUGGCCACGCUGACGCGCGACAGCAACAUUAUCCGUCUGUAUGACAUGCAACACACACCCAUGCCCUUCGGCGAUGAGGUCGAGCCUACCAUCAUUGAGCGCAGCGUACAGCCCUGCAGUGAGAGCAUUAUCAGUAGCUUUGCAUGGCAUCCAUCAGCGCAGAACCGCAUGGUGGUGGUAUCGCCCAACAGGGUCAUGAAUGACUUCACCGUCUUCGAACGCAUUUCAUUAGCCUGGAGUUCUACCACAUCGCUGAUGUGGGCAUGUGGGCGGCACCUCUAUGAAUGUGCAGAGGAUACUGGGCAGGGAACAGCUGCUUAUGAAAAGGACAUCGCCACCAAGAUGAGGGAACGCGCGCAGUCGCGCUACGGCCAUGAUACCGUACAGGUGUGGCGAAACCAUGUGUUGGCCGGAGGGGACGAACCCCAGCUGAGAUCGCUGUGGUAUACACUUCAUUUCAUGAAACAGUACACUGAAAAUGUGGAACAGAAGCAACAGAGCAAUAAAGAGUCGCUGAUCUACUCUGGCAUCAAAAAUAUUGUCAAGUUCAGCUCUGGUACUACAGAAACACUGCGGUGCUGGUCGGGUUCAGACAGACAGACUGAUGUACCACGGUAUCACAGCGAGGAGCGCAGUAUGGCCCUGCAGCUGUGUGGCUGGAUCAGUCAAGGGUCAGACAUCGAUGUGGAGCCCUUUUUGAAGACUCUAGAGCAGGAGGGCGAGUGGGAGAGAGCCGCAGCUGUCGCCCUCUUUAAUCUGGACAUCCGCCGGGCAAUCCAGAUUCUUAAUAAAGGAGCAUCAACAGAGAAAGGUGAUCUGAAUCUGAAUGUGGUGGCCAUGGCUCUGUCGGGUUACACAGAUGAGAAGACCUCUCUGUGGAGGGAGAUGUGCAGCUCUCUCAGACUCCAGCUGAAGAAACCCUACCUGUGUAUAAUGUUUGCCUUCCUCACCAGUGAACCUGGAGCAUAUGAUGGUGUCUUGUAUGAGAGUCAUGUGGCUGUCAGGGACCGAGUGGCCUUUGCAUGCAUGUUUCUAAAUGAUGCUCAGUUGCCUCGUUACAUAGACAAGCUGACCAAUGAGAUGAAAGAGGCUGGUAAUCUGGAGGGCAUUCUGUUGACAGGCCUGACGAAAGAUGGAGUGGAUCUUAUGGAGAGUUAUGUAGACCGUACUGGAGACGUGCAGACUGCCAGUUUCUGCAUGCUAAAGGGCUCCCCAGGAGAAGUGCUGAAGGACCCUCGAGUUCAGUGUUGGAUUGAGAACUAUCGCAAUCUGCUGGACGCCUGGAGGUUCUGGCAUAAACGGGCUGAAUUUGACAUUCAUAGGAGCAAAUUGGAUGCCAGCUCAAAACCGCUUGCACAGGUGUUUGUGAGCUGUAACUUCUGUGGAAAGUCUAUAUCAUACAGCUGCUCAGCGAUGCCACACCAGGGCCGUGGAUUCAGUCAGUAUGGGGUCAGUGGUUCGCCCACCAAGUCAAAGGUCACCAGUUGCCCAGGCUGUCGCAAACCGCUUCCACGCUGUGCACUCUGCCUAAUGAACAUGGGCACCCCUGUGUCCAGCUGCCCAGGCACAGGUAAAAUGGAUGAGAAAGUUGAUCUCACACGAGACAAAAAACUGGCACAGUUCAAUAACUGGUUCACCUGGUGCCACAACUGCCGGCAUGGGGGUCACGCAGGUCACAUGCUUAGCUGGUUUAGAGAUCACAACGAAUGUCCCGUCUCUGCCUGCACUUGUAAAUGCAUGCAGCUGGAUACCACAGGCAACCUGGUGCCUUCUGAUAGUGUAUAAUAGUAGUUUAGAGAUUUAAAUAUCCUGCUUUACUAGAAACCAGCUAGCUUUACUAAUAAGUAAUGAUAGUAAAGUUCUCACACUUUCAGGAGUCAAAGAGACAGCGUAUGCACACUUCACUGGCAUCAAUGUCAACAACUGGUGCUCUGUUGUGACAGAAACUAAAGCAGUUAGAUUACUGGGAUGAUGCUACCCAUGAUUAACUCACCCACCCACUGAUAGUUAGGUUUCCAGAGGCGUCCAACCUGCUUGAGAAGGAAUUUAUGUGAAUGACUGACAUGCACUAAUUCGUUGUGGUCCUAAAUUGAUCCGUAGCAAGAGUUAAAUGUGAAUAUGAAUCAAAUAAUUUCAGUAUUGUAUUUAGUGACUGAGAAAGAGUUUAAUGCAAAUAUUACAAUAAUUUUAACCUGAUGGGUUUGAAUACGUGGGAAUAAAGUUUUGUUAAUGUCUCAAAGUUAUUAUUAUUAUUCUUUGUUGUGUGGUCAUUGACUAUUACUUGACUUUGAAUUCAUGGAAUCAUAUUAUUGUUUUAUUGUUCUGUAUUUAUAACACAUUACUCAUAACCACUGUUAAUUGUUAAUUGAUUUGUAAACUGUUUGAAAUCUUCAAUAAGAGAAAAUAAAAAAAAUUCAACUAUUAUAUAUGAAGAAAUGACCAUGGUUAAGGCGACGGUUAUACAGCAGGAAAGGCAAAGUUCAGUCAAGAGAAAUGGCCUGAGGUUAGUUGUAAAGUACAAUUAAACGUCUAAAAAUAAUUUUUAAUUUGUUUUAAAAUUUCCUUUUUUUUUUUUUUUUUUUUAAAUGUGUAGGUUUAACAUUAGUGUCAGAUAGGCUGAUUGUUGAGUCUAAGAGUAAUGUAAUGUAAGAUGCUGUUUUGUUGUGCUUUAAUCAGUGCAACAACUUAGCAUCCUAACUAUUUAAAUGAUUGUGUCUCUAUUUUUGGAAAUAAAAAGAG